AUGUCGUCGGGCCUCGUCUGUAACCCCGAUGUGGCCUGGGUCACCUUCUGCUCCGUCUACGACUUCACCUACCUCGUCAAGGUGCUCAUGGGACGGAAGCUGCAGCGGCCCGCGGGCGCUCCCGGAGUUUCUGCGAGCCACAACCAGGAUAGGUGUUGUACACAGCGCAGCAACCUUUAA